UCAUUCUCAACAAAAGGCAUAAACCCAUUCUUAACUCUCAAAGAACCUUAUCCCGAACUUUAUCAUUCCUCGUCCUUCUCCCAAUUCAAAAACCCCCAAAGCAUAGAACUUCUCAACACCAGUGAGCUCUCAACAGUAGCAAAAAUGGCGGCGUCUUCACUUUCCGUGGCGAUUGGCACUUGUUCGCAAUCCUUUUCCGUCUCGACUUCGAUCGACCGUCCUCUCUCUCUGCACCUCUCCCCCUACUACAGCGCGAACCCCAAAAAAGGCUUGCCGAAGCUGAAGAUUCUUCUCAGCCACUCCCCAUUUUUUCCGAUUUCUCGUUUGUCGAUUUCACGCGCCUCGAGUGCAUUUGAUGGCGUCGGAUUGGAUGUAGACGAAGACGAAGAAACAGAAAGCGAAGUUGGGGAAUCAGCGUCGGAGGAAGAAUUCAACUUGUCGGAGUCCGCGGAUGGAGGGAGAUUGUAUGUCGGCAACUUGCUGUUCACUAUGACAGCAGCGCAGUUGGAGGAGAUUUUUUCCGAAGCCGGCAAAGUUAUCUCUGUGGAGAUUGUUUAUGACAGAGUUACGGAUAGGAGUCGAGGCUUUGCAUUUAUUACGAUGGGAACUGUUGAUGAAGCCAAAGAGGCAAUCCGGCUGUUUGAUGGAGCUCAAAUUGGAGGCCGCGUUGCAAAGGUCAACUUCCCUGAGGUGCCAAGAGGUGGAGAAAGGGAAGUGAUGAGCCCAAAGAAAGGGAGCGGCUAUCAGGGUUUUGUUGAUAGCCCUCAUAAGAUAUAUGCUGGGAAUCUUAGCUGGAAUCUCACUUCUCAAGGCUUAAGAGAAGCCUUUGCCGAACAACCAGGAUUUUUAAGUGCAAAGAUCAUCUUCGAUAGGGAAUCGGGAAGGUCUCGAGGCUUUGGGUUUGUUACAUUCUCUAGUGCUGAAGAAUUAGAAUCCGCACUCAAUGUCAUGAAUGAUGUGGUUGUUGAAGGUCGACCAUUAAGGUUGAAAGUGGCGGAACCGAAAGCUGCUCUUUCUACGCUGCCAUCAGUAGAAAAGAUGUCCGAAAAUAAUCUGGAAAGUAGUGAGGUGUUUUCCGGUGCUACUAUGUAAGUGGAAAUUCAGAGCGCAUUUGGCGCUUAUAGAUCAAAAUGAAGGUGAAACUCAGGGUGAAAAUUAGGAAGCAUGUUUUAUAUUGAAUCUAGCUUUGCAUCUUUUGGCCGUAGCUUAUAUCGAAUCUUUUAGCUGAGGUGUGUUUGAGAAAAAAUCGGAACUUGCGGUUGCAAAUUCAGAUAUAAUUAGAAGAGGCAUUUAUGUAUUUGUGACAUUUUUAAUUUUUUCCGAGUUGAGAGAGAAUAAUGGACCUUUAGAUGUAUGAUUGGAUAUAAAUGGAUGAGACAUUGAUGUACUUUGCACCAUUGUACAACUUCUUGGCAUAUUUGUUUGUGCAUAACCAUGUAUAACAACUUCACAAGCGACUAAUUGAAAUCAGGCAAUAAGUAGAAUAUAUUUCUU